AUGAUGCACUCUUUCAAAAUCACCUCUAACCCCGAGGUUGCAGCCCUGAUGGAGAAACACGGCACAAAUGAUGCACUAUUCAUCAUGAACCUAUCAUACUUCACCGACAUCCCUCUCACCGAAGUAGGUGGAUCCUCCUACAAUGCCAUGAACACCGGUGUCCGUAAGAUCAUCCCGGGCCUGUCUGGUCCAAAAGGUCUGACUCGCUCCGAGUUUAUUGUCCUGAGUUUCUGGGCUAACCACCUGGGUGCUUUAAAGGUCCCAUUUCUCAUAGACCAUGCCUCCACCAUCAUUUCUUCUCGAGCACACUGCAAUACAAUGUCGGAAUAUGACAGAAGGUUCAUUCGUUGCACAGGUAACUGCAUCAAUGAAGAAGUCGCCGACAGCGACGGAUCACUCUGGGGGUACACUCCAAAGGACUAUGGCGUGAUUUUGACUAUGGCAUAUCAGUCAUGUAUCAUGGAGGGCUUUGUUCAACUGAAAGCUCGAGGAUUGGAGGAUGUUGGGGAAUUUUCUCCACAAAGUAUCCAUGAGAACAUCCUGAAGCCCUGCAUCGAGACACCUGGACUUCACGAAACUAGAAUCAAGAUGCACGAGACCGAGAAGACUCUGCAUGAUGUUGAGAUGUCCAUCGGUUUUGCUAAAGGCGACAAGCGUUUUCUCACUAAAUGUGUUCGUAUCUGCGAUCAGCGAAUUCGAGCGUUGAGCGAGAAGCUUGAGGCACUCAAAGAGACAGUGACCAAGUCAGAAGCAACUUAA